UGGAUGUUCUUUUCGAAUGUCACCAUCAUCUUCAACAAGUGGCUGAUAGACACUGCCGGAUUCACCAUUCUACUUACUUGCUGGCAUCUCGUCUAUGCCACCAUCGCAACUCAGAUCCUCGCUCGCACGACGACGCUCCUCGACUCUCGCCGCAACUUUCCCGUCACCGGCCGCCUUUACCUCCGCACCAUUCUCCCCAUCGGCCUGCUAUACUCCGGCUCUCUCAUCUGCUCUAAUGUUGUGUACCUCUACCUCUCCGUCUCCUUCAUUCAGAUGCUCAAGGCAGCUUCUCCAGUUGCCGUGCUGUUUGCCUCGUGGUCCUGGGGCGUUGCCGAACCGAACCUGGCCAAAUUCAUCAAUGUUUUGGUGAUUGUUUUUGGCGUGGCCGUCUCUAGUUUUGGAGAGAUUCAGUUUUCCUGGACAGGCUUCUUUUUCCAGAUUGGCGGCACUUGCUUUGAAGCCGUUCGCGUGGUUAUGAUUCAAGUCAUGCUCAGCGGCGAAGGUCUCAACAUGGAUCCCCUUGUCAGUCUCUACUACUACGCACCCGUCUGUGCGGUUAUGAAUUUCCUUAUUGCCCUGGUCAGUGAACUGCCCAAGUUCCACUGGGAAGACGCCGCCCGCGCUGGUUUUGGAAUGCUCUUCCUCAAUGCUUCUAUUGCCUUUAUUCUCAACGUUGCUAGUGUAUUCUUGAUCGGCAAGACUUCAGGUCUAGUCAUGACUCUGACUGGCAUCUUCAAAAGCAUCCUGCUCGUGGUCGCCUCCGUGCUCAUCUGGUCUACUCAAAUCACCUUCCUCCAAACCGUGGGCUACACCAUUGCUCUUGGUGGACUCACCUACUACUCCCUCGGCUACGACCAAAUCGUCAGCCUUGGCACGACGACGCUUGCUUGGAUAAACGAAUUCUUUUCAUCAAAUGGCGGAAGUGGUGCGAUGCGGUCAAAAAGACUCAUUGUAGUUGGACUAUCUUCCUUGGUGGCCGUAAUCGUGGUACUUGAGUUGACCCUGAGCGAAAGGGGGAGGAGGAUGUUGGCCACUCCUUCAUGGCAGGGGAGGCAUGGGGGACAUGGAGAUCAUCAGUGAAUGAUUGAUAUUUAAUGAUGUUGAAGAGAAAAGAGAAAAGAUUCUAGUAUUUGCUACGAGAUGAGCCUAUGAUGGGCGUAGCGAACCCAAAAAAAUUACGAAUAAU